AUGACCACUCCCAACCCAACCUCUCUAACCCCCCUAACAAAACCCCAACUGACCGCGGCAUCCCGCGCAGCCCUCGACCACCAAAUACAAGCACAAGACAUACACAAAAAGCGACCCUUCGCGGCAAUCCUCCUAGCCCCAGACAACGAAACAAUCCUGCUUUCCUCGAACUCUCUCUCGCACGUGCGACACGCAGAAAGCGAGCUCGCGCGCAACGCAGCAGAUAACUACGACUGGGCAUACCUAGCGCGCUGCACGUUGGUGUCGACCUGGGAACCAUGUGCGAUGUGCGCAGGCGCCAUCUACUGGGCGCAUAUUGGACGGUUGGUGUAUCUGGCGUCGGAGGCGGCGUUGCGGGAGGUUGUUGGUGUUGGGAAUUUGGAGAAUUUAACAUUGGAUUUGCCUUGCCGGCGAGUUUUUGAGAAGGGGCAGAGUGUGGUUGAGGUUAUUGGGCCGUUGGUCGAGGAGGGGUGGGAAGGGAGGGUUGUGGAGGAUAGUAGGCGGUAUUGGGGAGGGAGGGGUUAG